UGAAGUGGAGAGGGCAGUGGAGACGAGCUGUGUUUCCAUCCAGCAGCUUCUGUGGACACGAGACGAGGGACAGACCAUCAUGUCUCUAGCGGUGUUGACCUCCUGCAGACUGAGAUCCCUCUGCAGACUGCAGCGAAUCCAGGGACACAUGAUGUCCAGUCAUGUGGAAGCAGGCGUGCUGCUGGAGAAGGUGGGCCGAGCCGGUGUGAUCACCCUGAACCGACCCAAGGUCCUGAACGCCCUGAACCUGCCCAUGAUCCGACAGAUCUACCCUCAGCUCAAGACGUGGGAGAAUGACACUGACACUGACCUGGUCAUCGUCAAAGGAGCCGGUGGGAAAGCGUUCUGCGCUGGAGGAGACAUCCGAGCGGUGACAGAAGCUGGGAAGGUCGGUGACUCUCUUGCACAGGACUUUUUCCGGGAGGAAUACAUUCUCAACGAUGCUAUAGGAUCAUGCAGAAAGCCGUACAUCGCCCUUAUUGAUGGAAUAACCAUGGGAGGGGGCGUGGGUCUGUCGGUCCACGGACGUUUCCGAGUGGCCACUGAGAAGACGCUGUUUGCCAUGCCGGAGACUGCCAUCGGGCUUUUCCCGGAUGUGGGAGGUGGUUAUUUUCUUCCGAGGCUCCAGGGCCGGUUGGGUCUGUUUCUGGCUCUGACCGGUUUCCGCCUCAGAGGACGUGAUGUGCACAAAGCCGGAGUGGCCACUCACUUUGUUGAGUCUGCGAAGAUCCCCGAGCUGGAGAAGGAGCUGGUGGACUUGAAGUCUCCUUCGGCUGAAGACAUCAGCCGAGUGCUGGACACCUACCAGAACCAGAGUCGUCUGGAUGCUGAGAAGCCUUUUGCUCUGCACAAACACAUGUCUGAUAUUGACAGGUUGUUCAGCUCCAGCAGUGUGGAGGGAAUAAUACAGAAUCUGAAGGCAGACGGUUCUGAGUUUGCUCAGAAACAGGCUCAGACUUUGUCCAAGAUGUCUCCCACGUCCCUGAAGCUCACGUUCAGGCAGCUGCAGGAGGGCGCCGCUCUGAGCCUGCGGGACGUGCUGGUGAUGGAGUAUCGACUGGGCCAGGCCUGCAUGAGGGGCUGUGACUUCUAUGAGGGAGUCAGAGCUGUGCUCGUGGACAAGGACCAGAGUCCCAAGUGGAGCCCGUCCACGCUGGAGGAGGUGUCUGAGCAGAGCGUCGAGCAGUGCUUCUCCUCGCUGGGAGACAAGGAUCUGACUUUCUGAUGGCCCGUCAGCCAGCAGCUGUUUCCCACCUCCGAACACACACACAGACACACACACUCACACACACACACACACACACCACUAAGCCUUCUGUAAACAACCGCUUCCUGUCCUCACAUCCCUGUAUGGCCAUGUGAGAGAACCCUACUACUGAGGAUGGGAGAGGCUGUUAUUUUAGGACGAGUGCACACAUAGAUCUGCAGUGGUUCAACCUUCUACCUUUUUAAAUAGUGGUGACAUUUAACAGAAAAACCUCAGAACAGGCUUGUUCCUCUGCAGCUGAGGAAGAGAAGGUCUGACUCACGCUCAAGGCCAGAAAUGGGAGAUGAAAGUAUGAGAGGUAGCUACACACCAGACGCCAUGUGUAGGACGCACACUGAGAGAAACACUGAGAGAGUUGCUCUGCAGUGGAAGUGGAGUCUUCUCUACAGACGCUGUGGAGCAGUGACUCUUUCUGCUGCAGCCGAGUGAGGACACAGGCAGGAAAAGGGAUCUGACCACUGAGUGCUUCAGGACAUUUCCUGUGGGUGUUGGUUGAUGUGACACAGAUCAGUAUCAUCUGUGUUUCUGCAGAAACGCCACUUACUCUCAUACAGACAAACGUAUUGUCUCCAUUUCACCAGUUCUCCUCAUUUUACAGUAUUUUCUUUGUAGUGGUGCCUGUUUUUAUAAAACGUGAAUAAAAAGGCUCAUCUCUCCCAAA